UGACCAACUGAUUGGCGCCCGACUGCUGCAAGAGUUCGUUGCGAAGACUUUCGAGAAUCAGAUGAAAAUGAGAGCCAAUAUGAAUGCCUUACGUUAUCCCAACUGUACGCCCAAAACCAUUCUUAUGAUUCCUAUUACCGGAAGUCAAUCAUUGGAUCAAUUGAAUCACAUUACCGCUAACCGGCAACUAAUCAACGGACAGAUAAUUCAAACGCGAAGACGUGAUCUUAUGAGUCCUGAAGAGAUUCAUAAGUUUUCGGCUUUAAAGACGUGUGAAUCGUAUGAAGAAGUGAUGACUUAUUUGCCACUAUUUGAAGACUGCAAUCGAUUGCUAUUCAACAAAUCCAGUGGUCAUUACGAGCUCGUGAUGGACGCCAGGAGACGAUUCCUCAACAAUUACGGAGAUUUGGAUAAUAAAUGGAUUAAUCUUCGGCUGAUUGUCAAACAGCAGAGCAGUGAACACCAGAAAAGCAAUGAUUUGCAGACAGUAUUGGAGAACAACGUCAAUGACAUC